AUGACUCCUCCUCUGCUGCUCGGAGUUCUCCUCCUGAACCUCCUGUCGACCGCUGAAGCACGUACCGAAUGUUUUCUGGUGACCGGACGGCUGCGAUGUCCCACGGAGCCGAGGAAGGCCGUCGGCGCUCAAAUCGAUCUCCUGGACGAGGAUCCUCUUCCACUGGAAUCGGAUGAUUUAAUGGGAAGAACAUGGUCGAUUUAUAAUGGCUCAUUUGCAGUUUCUGGUUGCGGAUCCGACUUCGGCCCAUUCAACACACCGGAUGCAUAUAUUCGAAUCGAACAUUCAUGUCCACAUCGACACGGCGGCGAAUUCAAAACGAUCGAAUUGGAUGUGUUGCCGAUCUUUCUGCCCAGGGUGAUCAGUCUUGGAUCGAUCUAUCUGGAUCGAUAUUUGGACGAUCCUAUCUGA